AUGGACCCUACGGGCAAAAUCGAUUCUACUCAAUGCUCUCCACAGCUGUUUCGGAUAAAAGAGAGCAUCAGUGUGUAUGAAGCUCCGCGGAGUUUGUGCCCGUCAUCAGAGGAUCUCCAAGAUUAUGAUUGGGAGCAUCUUCAAGAAAAUUACACCAACACGAUGGAGAAACAUGGGACAGUUGAAGAGGGUUUGCGAGCUCAGAUCUCGAAACUUCUCGAGGUUUUCAUGGCGUGGUCUCAGACUACUGUUGUCCGUGAUGAAACCAGAGCGCUAAAGAGAUUCAAAACGCAAAUGCAGCACGUACAAAAUUCAGAGGAGGAGUUGGAGAAAAAGCGGAAACACUACAAUGACGUUGUAAAGGCAUUCGAAAGUGCUCUUGCGCUCCUUAAUGACCGCAUAAAAGCUUGA